AUGUUCCUGAGAGAGUGGAAUAUGACAGUCAGUAAGAUCUGCUGCAUCGGGGCCGGCUACGUCGGAGGCCCGUCCUGUGCAGUGAUUGCCCACAAGUGCCCCAAUCUGCAGGUGACAGUGGUGGACCUGAGUGAAGACAGGAUAGCUCAGUGGAAUUCAAACGAACUGCCAAUAUUUGAGCCAUAUCUGGACGAAGUAGUGAAAGCUUGCAGAGGACGCAAUCUGUUCUUCUCCACAGAUGUUGAAAAAGGGAUUCUAGAAGCAGAGCUGAUUUUUAUUUGUGUGAACACACCAACAAAAACAUUCGGCUGGGGCAAGGGAAGGGCAGCAGAUUUGAAGUACAUCGAGUCAGCUGCCAGAAGAAUUGCAGACGUGGCCCAGAACUCUAAAAUUGUGGUGGAGAAGAGCACAGUUCCGGUCAAAGCAGCUGAGAGUAUUUCCAACAUUCUGUCCGCUAAUGUGAAGCCAGGAGUUAAGUACCAG